GCAAUUUUGUCAUCUGCGCAUAUUGAGUGCUGCGCAUGUUUGUUGUUUAAGAAAGUUGUGACAAGAGACAAGUUUAGGUUAGAAUUCUAAUGCAAAUUGAAUUGUCAACUCAGAAGGACUCCAAACUGUGUUCACAUUGUUCUUACGUAUAGUGGGAUUUUUAUGGUUUUUAAUAAGACAGUUAACAAAAAUGUCUACUGUAGGGGACUCCAACGCGUUUCCACGUGUGACAUUUUCCUUGAAAAAUCGAUUACUUCUACAUAUUAUUAAUCAUUUUGAACGACGUCGUUCACUGAGCUACCCUUUUGACUGUGAGACGGCUAAUAUUGAAAAUUAUUACUGCAAUUAUUGCAAUUUUGAAACCGAACUGGUACUUGUUUUCAAACAGCACCUAGAGGAGCAUCAUAGCGUUAAAAAGAGCCACAGAGAUGUGUUAAUUGGAAAACACCGUAUCCGAACAUAUGUUUGUGAAAAAUGUAGCUUUGAAACAAACUUUUUGAUGAAGUGGCGUCAACAUACUAAACAAUGUAUAGAAAAGGAAAAAAGUCUUCAAAUGUACAGAUGUGAUGAGUGUGGAAGCAUGUAUAAACAGAAACCGUCUUUAAAGGAACAUACAAUUUUGAAACACCUUAAUGAUGAUGAAAUACAAUGGUACAACUGCGCCAACUGCCCAUACAAAGCUAAACCCAUUAUUGUGACAAUGGAUAGUAGUGAAAGUGAGCCACCAGAAACUGAGAAAAGUCACAACAAACUUGAAAAGAAGUAUGAUGCAGGGGAACUCGAUAAUGAACAAGAGCUGCCUGAAAUAACACUGAAAAAAAGUAAAAAUGCUGAAAAUUGUAAAAGAUAUAGAGAACGGAAUAAAACAAAGGCACUUCAGUUUUCGGCAUUGAAUAAUGAACAAGAAAAGCCGUCAGAAAUUACAUUGAAGAAAAAGAAAAAUGCUGAAAGAUGUAAAAAAUAUAGAGAACGGAAGAAAGCAGAGGCACUACAGUUUUCGGCAUUGAAUAAUGAACAAGAAGAGCCAUCAGAAAUUACAUUGAAGAAAGAGCAAAAUGCUGAGAAAAGUAGAAGAUACAGAGAACAGAAAAAAACACAACGAAUGCAGAAAUUGUUAUCGGCGACGAAUAAUAAUUCUCAAAUGCUGUCAGUGAGCCAACCGGAAUCCAUGCUUAUUCAACUAAAUGAGUCAUCUUUUGUACCGGUACAGCCGUCUGCAGCGUCAAUUAGACACAUUAAAUUACGCCAAGAAAACACCGCAAAUUUUAAGGAAGAUAUUAUUAGCGGUAGUGAAUUGUGUGGAGAACAUAUUAAUAACUUUCAAGAUAUAAUUGCAAAUCGAUUCUUAAAUUUCAGACCACUCGAUGUUCGUCUAAAUGCCUUGCCACAAUUUAUUCGACCAAUAUGUCAUUUACAUAAGCAUAUCCAAAUAAUAAGUGGUGUUUCUAGACAACUGUGUCAAAUAACCCACUGGAUUUGCACUUACUAUGAUGGAAAUGUUAUCAAUAUAUAUGAUAGUUUAAAUAUGGAGAGUUUGUAUCCAGAAAUGGAAAUUUUUUUGAAUCAGUUGUUUCCGCACAAACCACAACACAAAUUUCAUAAAGUUAGACAGCAACCCAAUAAUACAGACUGCGCAGUUUACGCUAUUGCGUUUGCUACAUCGUUACUCCAUAACCGGGACCCAUCAAAAGAAAACUACGAUCAUCCAAAAAUGCGGUCUCAUUUACUCGACAUUUAUAACACCACCGAGCUGCUACCAUUUCCGAUUGAACCAUCUGCAGAUGCAUUACGUAAGAGAAAAGUGAACAAAGUAACAUUUCAACAUAAAGAACAUUCUGCAGCGGCGUUGCAUAUGAGAAAAGUAAGGGCGCAGAAAAAAUUGGAAGAUCACCAACUUUUACAGAACACGUAUACGAUGCGCGCCGGAAUAGGAUGUUGAGUGCGAGCUACGAGCUAACGUUUUUCCGUACCGACACCAUGUGACACCUCGCUAUAGAAAGAGAGAGAAAAUAGAUAAACUGGUGUGAAUGUAAUCAUAGAAAGCAUAUUAUGUCUUAACCUCCUUUUUACAACAUAGUUUGCUUUUUACUUUAGUUAGUAAAUUACACAUUGUACUUUAAUUUUUUUUUAUACAAUAUUAUAAUAAUUAAUUGUGAUAUUUCUAUAUGAUAAAUAAAUAAAUCAAUGCAUAUCAUUACUUGGUCUUAGUACCCGUAAUGAUAGAAGUCUUGCCUGAAUGCCGGUCAUUUCCGGGUCAGUGGUGGGUCUUAAUAAAAACGUAUAUUUUAUAAUAAAAAACAAUUGACAAUA